AUGCGCUCGAUUCUGUUGAUUCUUGCACUCGUUUUAUUGCCGACAAUUGAAACAGCAAAGGAAGGGCCCAAAUUUUGGCGCCAGUUCAAAAGUCAAUUUCAGAAAGUGCCAUGGCUGUGGGGGAAAGCCGUCGAAAGUCCGCAGGUGGACAGAGGUUUCGGAGUGCAGUAUUGUUUGAUUCCAAAAGCCGGAAGUGUCGUCACUCGCGCGAUUCUUUGUGAUGUCCUCAAAGAGUACAAAAAUAUCACGUACACGCCUAAAUGGGGCAAUGUAACGGCGGCUGGCACCUGUGAUGCAAAUCGCAACUAUCCGAAUGGAUGGCCGAAAUGGGUACGGCCUCGAACAAAUGUCAUUUUCACGGUCGUUCGCGAUCCGCUCGAGCGCUUCAUUUCCACAUACGAGUUCUUGUGCAAAUCCUCGAAAAUGUGCGCAUCGACAGUCAAAAACAUUCAUCAGUUUGCCCGUUGGGUGCAUCUUUUGCAAACACUCGACUUUGUCGGUCUGAGACCCCGAUCGAGAAAUUUGGACGAGGUCGUGUGGCACUCGUGGCCACAAACGAAGUAUUCUUUG